AUUCUGCCCUGGGUGUCACCCCUCCCCCUCCCGCCCUGCUGCCAUUGGCUCCGCCUCCUCUACUUCCUCUCACGUCUUCCUCUCUGUCCGACAGGUGUGUGUGCGGUGGGUAAACCCAUGUGUCUGAUGUUUGAGUACAUGGCCCACGGCGACCUCAACGAGUUCCUGCGCCGUCGCUCCCCCGCUCAGUCUGUUCACACGCUGAGCUCGGCCAGCCUAUCAGGGCGCAGCUUCACCUCCGAGGCCGAGGCCGCGCCUCUCUCCUGUACUCAGAUGUUGUCCGUGUCCAAGCAGAUCGCCGCUGGAAUGGCCUACCUGUCGGAACGCAAAUUCGUCCACCGUGACCUCGCCACCAGAAACUGCCUGGUGGGAGAAGAGAUGGUGGUGAAGAUCGCAGACUUCGGCCUCUCCAGGAACAUCUAUUCGGCCGACUACUACAAAGCCAACGAGAACGACGCCAUCCCAAUCCGCUGGAUGCCUCCGGAGUCCAUCUUCUACAACCGCUACACCUCCGAGUCGGACGUGUGGGCGUACGGCGUGGUGCUGUGGGAGAUCUUUUCCCACGGGAUGCAGCCGUACUACGGCAUGGGUCACGAGGAAGUGAUCUACUACGUGAGGGACGGUCACAUCCUGUCCUGUCCCGACAACUGUCCUCUGGAGCUGUACAACCUGAUGAGGCUGUGCUGGAGCGGCCAGCCGUCGGAGCGGCCCAGCUUCAGCAGCAUACACCGCAUACUGGAGCGGAUGCAUCAGAACACAGAGAGAGUGGACACUGGGCCAGAGGUCAGCUGCUGAGGUCAGCCGCCGAGGUCAG